GACAGACGGCUGGAUCGGGCCCGCCCAAACGCGCGAGAAGUCACGCUCGGGUCUGGCUGGAAGGCUGCCCGGCAGCGCCGCUGGGAUGGGACGCGGCCCGGCUGUGCGGAGGCGCGCAUGAUGGAGCGGCGGCCAUGGCCCGAGCAGCGGCGGCGGCGGUGGCGGGAUCGGCCGGCGGCGGCGUCGGGGCCCCGGGAGCGGCGCGGGCGUCGAGGGGCGCUGCGGAGGAGGCGGCGGCGGCGGCGGCGGGAGUCGGCGUCGGGGGGGAGCCGGGGGAGCUGUCCGUGGCGGAGGUGCUGAAGGCCUACGAGCAGCCCGUGAACGAGGAGCAGGCGUGGGCCGUGUGCUUCCAGUGCUGCCGGGGGCUGCGGGGCGCCGAGAAGGGCUGGGGGCCGGCCGGACGCAUCCGCGACACCGCCGACCUCCUGCUGCACCGCGACGGCUCCGUCUCGGCCCGCGGAGAGUACGGCGUCGCAGAGCUCCCGCUGACCUUGACGCCCUCGGCUGAAGCGCAGAUGGUGCAGUCUUUGGGCUUCGCUAUCUACCGGGCCCUGGAUUGGGGCCUGGAUGAGAACGAGGAGCGAGAGCUGAGUCCGCAGCUGGAGCACCUCAUCGACCUGAUGGCCAACAGCGACUCUGAAGACAGCGGCUGCGGCACGGCAGACGAGGGCUACGAGGGGCAGGAGGAAGAGGAAGAGGGAGUGGAGGCGGGCACCCUGCGAGCGGUGCGAACCUUCAGCCAAGCCAUGCGGCUCUGCGCGGCCCGCCUCACCCACCCCCAGGAGGCCCAAGCCCACUACCAGGCUGUCUGCCGAGCCCUCUUCCUGGAGACUGUCGAGCUGAAGGCUUUUCUGGCAAAGAUCCGCGAUGCCAAGGAGAUGCUGACAAAGCUGAAGGAGGAGGAAGAUGAACAGCAGUCGGCAGCAGAUCUGGACAGCCUGAGGAACACAGACUGGGCUCGGCUGUGGGUGCAGCUGAUGAGGGAGCUCCGGCACGGGGUCAAGCUGAAGAAGGUCGAGGAGAAACAGUUCAACCCCCUCCCCACCGAGUACCAGCUGACCCCCUUUGAGAUGCUCAUGCAGGACAUCCGGGCUCGCAACUACAAGCUCCGCAAGGUCAUGGUGGAUGGUGACAUCCCUCCCAGAGUGAAGAAGAAUGCUCACGAGCUCAUCCUGGACUUCAUUCGGUCCCGCCCUCCCCUGAGACAGGCGUCUGAAAGGAGGCUGCGCCCGAUUCCCCAGAAGCAGCGAACGCUCCACGAGAAGAUUUUGGAGGAGAUCAAGCAAGAGAGGAAGCUUCGCCCUGUGGAGUCCCAGAAGGGAUUCGGUUCCCUGCCCUGCCUUCUGAACGCCUGCUCCAGCAAUGGCAAGUCCACCUCCUGCAUCAACCUUUCUGUCUCCGACUCCAGCGGGCUUCCCCAGCGCCAGAGGCCGAGGGUCUUGCUGAAGGCCCCCACGCUGGCUGAGAUGGAGGAGAUGAACAUUUCGGAAGAGGAAGACUCUCCCAGCAUGGAAGCGAUGGAGGACCCUGGCACCCUGAUGCCCCUGAAGCGGGACCGCUCCUUCUCAGAGCAGGACUUAGCUCAGUUUCAGAGCGAUGGUGGCGGCGGCGGCAGCGGCAGCGGCAGCAACCAGCCAGGCUUGGAGGACUGCCUGGGAGGCAGUGGGUCUGAGCCGAGGCCCCGCUCAGGUACCUCCAGCCUUGCAUGGACCAGCAUGGAAAAGGAGGGCUCCGUUCCCGCCAGCUACCAUCAGGGCCCUUACGGCAGCUCCAGUCCCACGUUCUCUGGCCAGAGCGUCCUCAGUGCCGUGGAGGAGAACUCGGAAGCCAGCUGUGGCCACACUUCAGAGGUCACCAUGAAGCAACUGUGGCUGCAGGAGUUCAGCCACCCGGUGGAGAGUCUGGCGCUCACCGUGGAUGAGAUGAUCAACGUGCGCCGGGUGCUGGUGAAGGCCGAGAUGGAGAAAAUCCAGCACAGCAGGGAGCUCCACAGCAGCCUGAAGAAAGGGAAGAUCUGCUGUUGCUGCAGGACCAAGUUUGCUCUCUUCUCCUGGCCCCCCACCUGCCUCUUCUGUAAAAGGUCCGUCUGCAGCUCUUGCAGCCUGAAGAUUAAGAUGCCUUCAAAGAAGUUGGCCCACAUCCCGGUCUUUGCCUUGGGCUUUGAAACCUUGCCGGGCUCCUUAGGCCCCAAGGCGCCCCCGCAACGGAGUAGGGAGGCGUUCUGCUCCUUGCAGGGCCCGCGCUGGCGCAGCGUGGAGGAGGAGUUCCCCAUCAUCUAUGCGCACGGCUCCGUGCUGAAGGACGUGUGCAUCGACUGCUCUGGCUUUGUCACCGACGUGGUCAGCUCCAGCCGCAAGAGCAUGGACAUCCUGAACAAAACGCCAGGCCGGAGCCGCAAGACUCAGUCCCUCUACAUCCCGUCCAGCUAGUCAGCUGGGCUCCUGGAAUACACACUCCACCGCUGUGCCCCCCACCCCCCCGACGCUGCCCCUGGCUGGGUCUGGCCCUAUUUCGGGGUUUGUGGGGCACCACUUGAGGAGGAAGUUCUCUCUUUGGCUGAGGACUCGUCCUUCGGGCUUCUGGAUUCGCUCCCUGCCCUGCUUUGUGUCUGCUCAGCUGUCUCCCUCGCCCCUUCAUGAGCAUCUGCUGCCUGAGCGUGUACAGAGAGACACACGUCUUUGGGGCCUUCUUGGGCUGUCUUUGCUGUGGGGCCAGUUGGCCAGCCUGCCUGUAAGGAAAGGCUUGGCUGAGCAGCCAGUCUCCCGUCCCUUGUGGCAAGGGGCAGCCGUUGCUGGGGCUACUUCCAGCCACCCUGACCCAUGGGAUUGGCUUCUCCAGGAGGGGGCUCUCCCUCAGGGCCAGUGCUUGCUGGGGACGGCCCGCUGGGUGAGAUGGGCUGGCCUCGUUGCAGAGAGCAGUGGGUUCGGCUGCCCGCCUGUCUCCUGGAACCGACCUCUCUCCUGCCUCCGCAUCCCUCCUGCAGUGUCUCGAUUCCUCCAUCUUUCUUUUUCGCAGCCCCAGAAAGGAGGAGGAGUUUUUAAGACGCAGCUUCUGGCCAACCCUGUCUGCUCUCUUUGUCCUGUUUAUUUUUGAGAUGAUGCCAAGGCUGGGGCUCCUCCCCGCCCCCCCCCCCUCAUGUUCUUCUUGAUGCAGCUCAUAAUAAAAUUCAUGUUUUUUGUAAGCGUUCAGAGAGCCUUUCUGGCCUGGGUGAGGACGUGGGGCAGGGGAGCGAGUGGGCAGGCAGUCAGGUGCCAGAGCCACCCCCGGGAGUUGCCCACACGCCAGGCCUGGUGUCUGCAGAAAGCCAGUGCUCGGCAGCAGGCACGGUCCUUGCGGGGUGAAGGCCAGCCCUGCGCAGCUUCCCCUGCUUUCCUCAUUCACAGUCUGGGGACAAGAAGCCGGGAGGGGCUGGCUCGCUUCAAGUGCCGAAGUGGUGUCAGGGCCUGGAUCUGUCUUUUAGUGUUGGGCCCUUUUGUGCCAGACAUGAGGCUGCUUCUUCCUGACCCGUUUGGUGGGUGAAGGGGAGCGGGGCUGCCAAUGUGCUUUCUGGCAGUGGCUGGCAUACAGAGGCAUCUGGGACACUGCCACACUCGUCUCUCUCCCCUGGCAGCCUCCCGUCUUCCAGAAGUGCCCCAGAGAGGCCAUUUCAAAGCUGAGCACAGCAACAGCGCCAAGUUAGCACCCCUCAACUUUCCAGGCUCCUCUUUGCUGGAAAACCAGAUCAUGUGACUCCAGCCUUCUUCCCGCCUGUGUGGGGGGAGGACUGUGAGUGGAGCUGCUCAACAGGUCAGAAGAGCAGCCGCCAGGGAACUGGUUGUGGGAGUGAUAGUUUGGAAAGGGCAGUUGCUCCCCCAGUGACCCAGAUGCCCCUUCUGCAGCCCAAGAUUUGGGUCUUUGGAUGCCACACUUUGUGAUAGCUCUGAGGGGACUCAGCAGUGUCAUCUGGGGACAACAGCCAGGCAGGCCCUCGUCUUCCUGCCCGGUGGGGUUGGAGCCACAGCCAACCACUGGUGCAAACAGAACUGCAUUGCUGCAUCGGAAAAGGUGCUCUCUGCCCCCAAUGACCAUUAUGCACGCAAGCUACUGUGCGCUGACGCUCACACUCCCCACCCUGGGGGAAUCAACCGCAGACGUCUGCAGAUUGGAGGCCUCAGCAUUUGCUUUGCUGCUGGGCUGGCAAGCUGCACAUUAUGGUAGCCCAGCCUAUACCUGCCAGGGGUGCCGAUGACUAGCUGCGCUGCCCUUCCCUUGAGCACAACAUGGGUGCUUGUGCAUUUGCAAAACAGAAAGUAGAAGAACGCUACUGAGGCGGAGCAGGCGGGAGUGGGGCUCGGUCAGUUCGAGGGGCGGAACCUGCAGGCUCUGGACGAGGCCAGCUACUCCUCCUGUCUGCUGUCGCUGCUGCAUCUGGUGCCUGCCUUGCUUUGUGUGCCAAUCUGCUUGUGUGCCUCGGAUGCGUUGCGCUGCAGUCUCUGGCCUCUGCAUCUCCUUCACCACCCUCUGUGUUUGCAACAGUUCACUGCGUUUUACAUCAGAGUGCGAGAGAGACGGGCUCUCCCUCCCCCUGCCCCCCCCCCCCAGCACUUCUGGCUGAUGUUUUCUGCGCAGCCUCAACUGUACAGAACUGUGAAUAAAAUAUAUAA